UCCCCCAUUCUCUCCUGCUUCAGGACCAUCACUCGCAUCCUUAGAGCGUCAGCACGCCACAGCACAUUCUCUGCAUCCAGAAGACUCCAGCUCCAUCCUGAUACAGCAGAAGCUUGAAGCUUUGACAUUACAGUAAUGGAGAGCUUGCUGGAUAACCCAAUGAAAGCCGUGCUUUAUCUCAAAGAACUGACCACUAUUGUACAAAACCAGCAGAGUCUGAUUCAAACCCAGCGGCAGCGGAUCGACGAGCUGGAGAGGAAGGUUGAGGAUCUGAUCGGCGAGAAUCGUCAGCUGAGAGAUCCGCAUCAAUACCACCACCAUCAUCCGCACCACCACCACCACCCACCCCCGCGGACCAGCAGCCCUCAGCCGGCCGCUCACCCGCACCAGCAUUCGGCGACUCUCGGUCAAGCCCAGCCGCAGCAGCAUCCUUCCAAACAGCCGCAGCAUCCUCCGGCAGCUCCCAUCCAUCACCCGCAGCAUUUGCAGCUGGUUCCAACCUCCCCACCGACUCUCAAAGCAACCCAGUCCAGCCCGGAGUCCGCGGAGGACGAGAAGAGAAGCCCGUCCUGCAAGUCUCUUGUUCCGCAGACACCUUCGACACUGUGCCGGUCCGUUGGACUCGCCAGGAAACCUGAGAACCAGACAGUUCUGCACCAGUUCUGCUGUCCUGCUCCGGAAGCCUCCGAGUCUGACUCUCAGGCCUGUGUACCCAGUGAAGAGCCACCCUCCCCUUCUCCCACUGCAACACCAUCACCUGCCACAUCACCAUCACCUGGGGUGACCAUCACCAGUGCCUCCCAGCCCGAGGUCCAGGUGGCACCUCAGGUUGCAGGGAGCACUGUGACAUCUGUCGAUGAAGGAGGGGGAGAUGGGGAUCGAGAUGGAGGUGAACCACAAGAGAGAGGGAGUGCAGAAGUGGAGAAGGAAGAGGUGAGGGCACAAGAGAUAGAGCAGGAGGAAGAAAAACCCCAGGCGCAACCCCAACAACCAAUACAGGAGGAGCUGAAAAAGGAGACAGAGGAGCAGGAGAGGGAAGCAGCAAGUACGGGAGGCACAGGAAGGAGGCCAAGCUUGCAUCACACUGCUUCACCAAUCAGAGUACAGAGGAAUGGAGCAUGCAGCCACUCCACCACCUCCGACUAUGAACUCUCACUCGACCUCAAAAACAAGCAGAUCGAAAUGUUAGAGCACAAAUAUGGGGGCCACCUCAUCUCACGGCGUGCCGCUUGCAAGAUUCAGACGGCCUUUCGCCAGUAUCAGCUCAGCAAAAACUUUGAAAAGAUCCGAAACUCCCUCCUUGAAAGUCGUUUGCCACGCCGUAUCUCCCUGCGAAAAGUGCGGGUGCAAAAUACAGAGGGUAUCUCAGCUGAACGGGCACUGGCUGAAGGCUGCAAUCUAGCAAGUAUCCCCCUCGUCCGGUCCCCGUCCCUGCCCACCACAGUAGGUGGCACCCUCACUGACCUUGAAGAUUCUUUCAAUGAACAAGUCCAGUCUCUUGCCAAAUCCAUUGAUGAUGCACUUAGCAACUGGAGCAUGAAGACCAUGUGUUCACUCCAAGAAAGUGGCACCUACCAGUUUAGCUCAGAGGCAUUUAGUACAGCUGGUGACAAAUCUGGAUUGGCAGGGACAGUCAGAGAAGGUGGCCCCAUGGACCCUGCCACAUUCCAUAGCGGAACCGGACAAGUAGACUCUGAGAAUGUGGCCCGGAGUGCCAGCAAGCUGAUGAUGGCUUUCCGGGAUGUGACUGUUCAAAUUGAUAGCCAGAACUUCCGCAUGUCCUCUUCCGUUAUGGAGUCAUCCACUUCUGUUUCUCUUGGUAAUUGUGUCCAGCAGGGGGCCAUAGUUACUGAGAGCCCACAGCAACCUCCAGUUAAUGAUGCAAAUGAACAACCUCAGCAAGGACAGCCACCACCAUCUCCCCAGGAUCCAGCUCCUCCACCCUUAGAGCUGGAUACUGAGGAAAUACCAGAUGGCGACUUCCCAGCCCCUCCACCAAGUGAGGAGGAACUUGGGGAGGAUCUACCACCUCUGGUGCUGGACAAACAGGAAGUUCCAGAACCAGCAAUUCCAGCACAGACAGCAAUAACCUCUGAAACCUUGUCUCCACCAGAGGUUGCAGAGACACCAGUCACCCCAAUUGUAGAAGUUUUGGAAGCUAAACGUAUUGAGUCAGAUACAGCGGACAACAGCUCAGAGCAGAUGAGUAGCAGCAGUACAUCCACAUCGGCUCGGUCGACUUCAGAGGUCUCUUCCAAAGAAGCUUUACAGGCCAUGAUUCUUAGCUUGCCCCGAUACCACUGCGAAAACCCAACCAGUUGCAAAUCUCCUACCCUCUCUACUGACGUCAUGCGAAAACGCCUAUAUCGUAUUGGUCUCAACCUCUUCAACAUAAAUCCAGACAAGGGCCUCCAGUUUCUCAUCUCUCGUGGUUUCAUUCCGGAUACGCCUAUAGGUGUGGCGCACUUCCUGCUCCAGAGGAAGGGGCUGAGCCGACAGAUGAUUGGCGAGUUUCUUGGCAACAGCAAGAAGCCGUUUAACAGAGAUGUGUUAGAUUGUGUGGUGGAUGAGAUGGAUUUCUCUGGGAUGGAGUUGGAUGAGGCUCUGAGGAAGUUUCAGGCUCAUAUCCGUGUCCAGGGUGAAGCACAGAAAGUGGAGAGACUGAUAGAGGCAUUCAGUCAGCGUUACUGUAUGUGUAACCCAGACGUGGUGCAGCAGUUCCACAAUCCUGACACGAUCUUCAUCCUUGCAUUUGCUAUCAUCCUCCUGAACACGGACAUGUACAGUCCCAACAUCAAACCUGACCGUAAGAUGAUGCUGGAAGACUUCAUCCGCAACCUACGAGGGGUUGAUGAUGGUGCAGAUAUUCCACGGGACAUGGUAGUGGGAAUAUAUGAGCGUAUUCAGCUGAGGGAAUUACGAUCGAAUGAAGACCAUGUCACUUAUGUCACCAAAGUUGAGCAAAGCAUUGUGGGAAUGAAAACGGUCCUGUCAGUGCCUCACAGGAGGCUGGUGUGCUGCAGUCGGCUGUUUGAAGUGACUGACAUCAACAAAGCCCAGAAGCAAGCUGCUCACCAGAGAGAGGUCUUCCUCUUCAACGACCUACUUGUGAUUUUAAAAUUGUGUCCAAAGAAGAAGAGUUCUGCUGCCUAUACCUUCUGCAAGGCCAUGGGGCUACUGGGCAUGCAGUUCCACCUGUUUGAGAAUGAAUAUUAUCCUCACGCCAUCAGUAUUGUGUCUCCGUGUUCGGGCUCUGAUAAGAAGCAGGUGUUGAAUUUCUGUGCUCAGAGCGCAGAGGAGCUCCUCAAGUUCGUAGAGGACCUGAAGGAGUCCAUCGCCGAGGUCUUAGAAAUGGAACAGAUACGUAUUGAAUGGGAGUUGGAGAAACAACAGGGAGCCAAAACUCACUCCAUCAAGAACAAUGGGACUCAGCUUGAGUUGAGGGGUAGACAAGGUUCUCCUCCAGGCAAACAGGAAAUGAACACAUCACAGAGUGGACACAAUGCAGUAGAGGUGUCAAUUCACAACAGGCUUCAGACGUACCAGCUCAACGCGGCACCGCCGAGCCCUGAGAGCGCUGCCCUUCUCAACCACCAGAGGGAGCUCUUCCAGCAGCCUCCAUUGCAACGCGCCAGCCCCACACCUUCGCACUCCUACCAGCCCGUGGCCCUGACCGAGAUACGACCCGACACGCUCAUCCAGUGCCAGCAAAUCGUCAAGGUCAUCGUCUUGGACAAAGGCGCACACGGCCGCAUGGAGGCGUUCCUCAGCCAGAGCCCCACUCAUCACCAGCUCAUCCAGUCUGUGGUCUCCACACCAGUGCGUUCACCCGACAGCGGAGGCAACCAGGGGGGGAACGAUGGCUCACAACCUCCAUUGCCUCCACCACCACCACCAUAUAACCACCCUCACCAGUAUAUACCCCCAGAUCCCCGCCUUGCACUGCAGAGGACCCCAAGUGGCUCACAUAGUCUAAUGUAGAGUUCAAACCAACAAAACUGCAGGCACACUUUUACAGUAUUUAUCUACAUAUGUAUAUACAUGAAAGAAAUAUAAUGAAAAAAGCUAUCUAUAUACAUAUAUUUAAGGUAACAGACAUGAUGAUAUGAAGACUUUAUUGACUUUGCAGAUAUGUGAAACAACUAAUAAGAAAAUAUGAUUUACUUAAUUGCUGUGUAUUUUGAAACGUUAUGUAGUUUGAACAAAUUUCUUAACGGUUUUCGUCUUUCUGGACACUCUCUGAGAUUAUAUUGUUGAGUACUUGUCCUUGACAGGAUUUCUCUGGUGCAUUUUGUUAUAGACAAAAUGAUUUCACGAAAAAAUGUGAUACCCAACAAUAUUUGUUUCAAUUCCACUGACACUUGCUUUUGUGUGGGAGCUGGUUUUACCUGUAAAAUCACCCUUUUGGCUUUUAUUAUCCUACUGAUGUGUCUAUUUAUUGUGCGUGUAUGUUUUUGACUGGAAAAUGAUAAACGUGCCAAAAUGAGGACACCCUCCACCGUGGACUUUUUGCACUCUUGAACGCUUAGGGCUAGAGUAAACAUUUGUGCUUAUAUCGAUCAUUUAGAUUCCCUCCAGGUACACUUUUUUUUACAUUUAAGUGGUAACCACAAACUGUUUCUUCCCCCAGUUAUGUGGCCGUGUUAUAUUCCUGUAAAAUGUGAUUUACUUCCUUAUCACCUGUCUUUGAAAUUUAUUUUAUGUCACUCCUUUUAACUGAUAUAUGUGUAAAUUAAGAAUGUAGGAAGUAUUAAGGCUCUUUCACAUGACUCGCACCAUUGUUCCCCAAUGUGUUGGCGUACACGACUCAAAAUUAAGACGAUUUCAACUUUGACCACAUUUUCUGCUGAUCUUUUGAAAUAUAACCAACAAUUACCAGACAAUUUCCAUGACUUAGUAUCAUGUGAACAAACAAGAUGAGAUCAGAGAAGUUGUACGCUACAACAGCAAAAACAUAUCUUCAAUAUUCAAGGGGAAUUCACUAAUGAAUUGCAUCAGCCUAUAUCACCAUUAAUUUGCAUGUUCUUGUUUUAGCACCUGAUAUGCAAAUCUUGGCACAAACAUUGCCAAAAAUAAUAUAAAACACAAUUUUCAUGUUACAAACCCAACGAACUACCACAAUCUGAUAUGCUUUACUAGGACAGUACAGCAUUGCUCCAAUGGACUGAACAAGUAUUUAUGGCCAUUUAUGACACUCGUCUCCAUUGUUUGAUCAUCAUUUGAUGAAUUAUAGCUGCCAUGAUCUCUAAAAAUAUGUACAAUUGCAAGCAAAUAGCAUGAACCUUUAGUUGAAUUACUUCCUAUAAUCAGUCUUAUUUGGAUAAAAAAAAAGAGACAAAAAUAACUACAUUGAAUUCAUUUAAAAUUUAAAAGCACAUGGUGCAGCGCUAUAGCAGCUCAUACAGUGCUUUUAAACUGGAUUGUGUAUGGUUAGUGAAUAAGAUGCAGGUUUUUAGGCUGAAAUAUUAGUGUUGGACUUUUUUCCUGUUUUAAGCUCAAAUACAUGUUACCUCUUCCAUUGGCUUUCACUAUGUUCACCGUUUACUACCUAGCAACUUCAUAAAAUUGCCUUUGUGAGCGUCAAAGCAUGCAGAGGGCUAUGUUAAAGCCCGAGUCAUGUGAAAGGGCUUUUGGUGUAUGGCAAUGUAUCCCGGCUCAAAGAUGAAAAAAAAAAAAAGAGCCAAUCACAGCCAGCGAACCCUGUUUGCAACGGCUAUAGUUCUCACGCUCAGGAAUUUCAGAGAGUACCUGAAAGAAGACUGAGAUCUUUUAAUGCUUGUACUUGAACUUUAUGUAGCAACUUGGAACGUAUAAGGCCCUUGUGAAAAGGCCAUUCAAUCCCAGCAACCAUCUUUGGACACGUUUUAUGUUUGUCUGACAUUCUGUGAAAAGACGACAGAAUUCUGCAUCACUGUUGUCACAUGACUCAGACAAUGUAACAUGGUUUCAUUGUGAUAUUCCUUCAUCAAUACUCACAACUACAUAAAACGCCCAAGAGACACACCAUCAGCACUAUCUAUAUCUGCUGUUUGACUCCUAAAACUCUUGUUUGAAGAUUUUCGAGAGCCAAGUGACACUUGAAACAUCAAAUGAGAUGCACAUUGUUGGCACAGAACACUUUAACCUAAAUGUUUGUCUGGUUUGAUCUGAUUUUAUCAGCUAAAUGGAAAACAGUCCAAUGGUUUAUUUUUGUUUUGCUUGUAUGUAGCUAUCAUAUAUCAGUAUAUAAAGCAGCAAAGAAUUAGCUAUGAUAAAUGUUAACUACCCACAGUCCAACCAUUUCUGAUAAAAGCUGUCAUUAUAACAUAAAGUCAACAUGAAACUGAAUGCACCACCUUUUUUGCUUCCACAGUGUAAUGUGUUAAUGAUGUGUGAAGUGAUACGUGAUAUUUAGAUAAAAUUUUGAUUGGACCAUGAAAAGUGGGUGUUUCCAUAAUAGAGCCAGACAUAAAUUUAUGUUAAGGAACGUGGAGGCUAAAGGCCUUUGCACACUGAGUCCGAAAUUUUCGAAUGCGUUUUUUCGUAUUCAUGAUCCACAGAGACCUUUGACACUGAGCCCGAUGCAUAUUAAUGAAUCCGUUGCGAAAAAAUUCGCAAAACAAUACAAAAUGGAGUCUUCGAGCAGUGAGCGUGAUUUAGUUGUCCUCUCUCUUCUUAAAAAGAGAAAAAGAAAGAGGAAAUAUUGGGUCCAUCCAAUCCAGAGAUUGUGUAGAGAGGAAGGAGAGUUCCACCUCAUCAAGGAGCUUCAUGAUUAUCCCGAGCAUUUCAAAGUUUACUUCAGGAUGUCAGUGGCUCAGUUUGAUGCUUUGCUAGCGAUACUGGCACAAUCUGUCUUUAUAUUCUGUCUCUUUUUAUUUCGCACUUUGUUAUACAGUGCUACUGCUUUGUGCUGUAGACAACGUGAAUCAACUUGUCAGAUGGCAUUCAGGAUUUUGGCGUUUACUUGUACGGUGGCUCUGAAUUGUCAAAACGUCUCUCAAAAUGCAUGCCACGGAUGCGAACAAGCAGAAAAUGUAACCUGAUCUGGAUUUUUUUUAUGACGGAUGAAAGUUUCGGGGGCAGUGUGUAAACGUGAUUGACACAACGUGAGGUCGUAUUUAUUUUUUAACGUGCGGAAAUUUCGGACGCGAAUUUCAGACUAAAAAGUGCGCAAAAAGACCUUAAAGGAGAAAUUCAUGCUCAAUAGCCCCUGUUGGUGAAUCUUUUUCUUUUUCUUUUUUUCAAAUUUGACGUUAAAUGCUCUGCUGAAAACACCUAGCUGUGAGUGCUUGAGAGCUUGUAGAGUACUUGCUAUGUAUGUUCGGAGACCUGCAAUGUUAAUUUUUCAUCCAUUUUGUUUCGUUCUCUGCUUGUUGAUGUCGUUGUACAGCAAGAAAGUUGUGACAGUAGGCCGUGUUGUAUUUGUUCUGCCCCUCCUCCACUCUGAUUGGACGGCUGGCUAAAAAGUGACAGUGAUGAACCAGUGCAGUAAAAAAUGAAAGUUGAACAUUCUUCAACUCGAGGCAACUAGUAAAAAACACUGAUCGCUCAGCACUUGAGUGUGAAAAAGACGCUCAGCGCCUCGUUACGCUCCUGCCGUUUAAAAAAUGUGGUGCUCCCGUUGAAAACAAUUGGAAAAGUAUGCUAGCCGCUGAAAAAAUUAAAAAAAUAAAAAUAAAAAUAAAAAUAAAAUAUAUAUAUAUAUAUAUAUAUAUAUAUAUAUAUAUAUAUAUAUAUAUAUAUAUAUAUAUAUAUAUAUAUAUAUAUACUGUAAACAUUGCCUAAAUAGCUAUUUGGCUAUUUGCAAUAUCACCUGAGAAAAACAAAGUUGUUUCAGAGGCAUAAAAGCCAGGAAUGUGUAUUAAUUUGAUUUCAUGUUGACUUUAAGCUUUAGUAUUCGUAAUCGUAACACCAUUGAUGUGUCAUAGGUAGCUGUGUGUCCUUUUUUCUCUGUUUUCUUAUAUGAUUGGGCAUUUGUUUCAUAAUUAUAUUGCUGCUGUUUGGAGCUCCCAAUCGUA